GGUUGUUGGGAAACGAGUCGAGCACAAACAGAAGAAAAACGCGUUCGUGGCCGGUAACAAGGUCGAGAAAGUGAAUUUAUAUUAUUGGUUAAAAAGUGCUUUUACCGUAAUAAUCUGCUAUCUAAUAAUGUGAAUUGUAUAGUUCGCCUAUCGCAGAAGGUGAAAGUGAUAAAACAUUUUCGGAAUUCAUGUAGUUCAGCACGGAAAUCUAGCAUGCAAAGUGGUGGAAUGUCUGCACGGUUCCCGGAAUCAAAUCACAGCAAGAUUUUCUUCUUGGUGGUUGUGUUCUUGAGUCGGAUCAAUCUUUGAGGACGAGAAGGAAUGCGGUUCUGAUUUAACGUUUUUGACAGAAAAUUAAUGCGAGGGGAACCAUGUCAACUGAUUCCGAGAGUCAUGAUAGCCGUAAUUCAGCUACUUAUUCAAUACGCUCACUGGACGAAGUCCCAAUUCGGAGAAGUGCAGUUCAAAUCAUUCGUGAACGCAGCACAGAUUCGAUUCAACCGGGAUCGCCUCGAAAAAAAGGAACAAUGCAAAUCACAAAGCUUGUGCUCAAAGAUCCGCCAACAAGUCCGAAGCGUAAACCACCGUCGAUGGUUAUCAAGUCUAUUCAAACGUUUACCUCCUCGGCUGCCAUAACUGAAAAUGGUCAUGUUUUGCAACAUCACAAACACUCAUUAAGUGUGGAGGAUGAAGCUAAACCUGCAACUCAAGGGGAGGGAUACAGAAUUCUUCCCCUUCCGCAGACAAGCUCCAGUCGACUCAAGGAGGAAUUCGAAGCAAAAAAGAACGAAAGAAAUCAAGCGAGUAGUGAAUUUCAGAAUUAUUUACUAGAAAGUAUCCAGAAGGAGAAUGUGACCAAGGCGGCCUUUGAAAUUUCUAAGGCAACGAGCAUGAGCAGUGGUGACUCGAUUCAGAAGAAUAUCACUGAAAACAACAAAUCUGACAGUUCUACCAAAAAUGCCAGCAAUAGUAACAGCAACUCUGAUAAGCCAAGUUCUACAAAGUCUGUAACUGCGUCGGAAAUUGGACAAAUGUCGGAAGAAUCGAAACCUUCAGAUAUGCCUAAAGAGUUAGUGGAGCCGAUCGUACAGAAGCGUCCGUCGCGUCCGAAAACGACGGACAGCAGAAAAUCAACUUCGGAACCCAAGAAAGAAAAAGAAAAAUCAUACGACCCUCAAAAAGCCCGAGAGUUUAUUAAAGAGCAACAGGCGAAGCGUAAGCAGGACAAGAAAGCAUUGGGUCCACAAACCAACAAAAAGGAAUUGAUCAAGAAGCGACUAGACGAUCUCAAGAAAAAUACGCAGGUGCUCGUGUCAAAAAAUGUGCAGAAAGCUCGUAAACGAUCGCUUUCGGCUUCCGGAACAGGUAGUCAAAAAUCCGGUGCUGCUCCUGUAAAAGUUGCAGAACGAAGUAAAACGCCUCCCGUAAAGCCGUUGAGAAAAAGUGUUUCGACUUCUUCACUCCAACCAGCUCCAGCUCCGAAUACGGCCAAGUCGGAUUCCGGUAAGUCUUCAGUAAACAGUAAAGAGUCCAAACGAAGGUCUUCUUUGCUGAAAGCAAAUCUUACUGAAAAGAUGGGAAUCAUGCGGAAACCUGACGAAGUUGCACUGGAAGAGGUCAUGAUGAGUCCGUUGAGAUUAAAAACUCCACCGAAUCCAGCUCAACAGCCUGCAGUAAAAAGUCCAUCAAAGCACCUUGAACAGGAUCGAGACGAAUCAAUUGAGAUCUCACCCGAGAAGCGUGUAUCUGUUUUGGAAGAAGAGCUUAAGCUGAAGGUUCCGGAAAUAACGCUUGUGCCCGACUCAACUAUGAAACCACUUCAAGUAACUCCACCACCAGACAAGAAAGAAUUCAGACCAGUACCUCCGUGGUUGAAGCACACUUUGCUGCAGCCGGAUCCCUACCCAUUUAUAAUGGCCGUUCGAAAAAAGCUGGAAGCGAUUCGUGGCAUGAAUCCGAAUCAAACUGCGCGCCCCAAUGAAUCAAUCAUUCCUAAGAAAAUUGAAGAGACUGUUCCAAGGCGUUCCAAAACUACAAACAGUCAAAAGUGUAUUGAUUAUUUGGAAACGCUGAAAUCUGUGCCUUACGUUAACAAGCCAUCAUCCGAAAUCGAACAGAAUAUUUCGUCAGUUUUACUUCAUCACUCAGACUCUAAUACUACCUCGGAGAUAAGCUCUAUUAAGUCGGACUUUGCCUUACCACUGCCACCAUUGAGUAGCACUAAAUUUGACACCACUCAUGCGGCUACUCGGGAAUCUAUUCGCCCAGAACUAACGGGUCCAAUAAGCCCCCUUUCUGUAGAUCGCAUAUCGAACCUCAAGAUUACCGCCAAUAGCUCAGCGUUCGAUCGGAGCAUCAACGUUCACCGUGGGGACCACAUGCCCAACGCGGAACUAAUACCCGACCGAGUCUCCUUCAACAACCGCAACGUUCAUCCGGAAAAUUUGCGCCAAAGCCAACUCAGUCUUAACACCUCAGAAAAGCAGCAACACUUUUUGCAGAAACCUACGGAAAAGACAAUAAAGGAACUCGAGUACCAAAAGAUGCUUGAAGCCUUCAAUCGCAGCCUUACACAAGUGAUCGAAGUUAAUCAGCAACUUUAUUCCGCCCUGAAGAAGCCUGUAGAUUCCGUACCAAUGGAGCGGAUUAAAAUCCGCGACGAAAUGACCCAAACCACUCCGGUUCCCUCAAUCGUUGCCAACGCUUCCGGAAAUUCCAACUAUAGCGAAGACUUUGAACGAUCUAAUGACUCUAAGCUGCCGUCCAACCAGCAUCCUCCUGAUUCAACUCAAUCAACACCGGAGAAAAGCUCAAUAUCGAUAGCCACUACAACAUCCUCCUCAUCGACCGGCCCGCUUAGCUCCACCAGCCCGGAAGAAAGUCCCACCGGUAAAACCCAAUCAAGCGAAUCACAAUCGCAACUGCUCGAUUCCAAAUCGCUCAGCCUGUCGGACAGCCACAACACGAAUCCACCCAUGCCAGAGGAGUACCUUCCCUCGUUCGAGGAAAGCCUUCGCCAAAAGCAACAACUACUAUCGAACUCCACGGAAGCCGCAAACAAAAUCGAAAUCCGAAUCGAGCCUGCUCACAGCUCGACCAGCAUCGAAACACAAAUCAGCGACGAAGCUCCGGUAGCAUCCACAACCCUGCGGGACACCCUCGACCACUCGAAGAGUCUGGAAUCCAUCAGCAUGCUCAUUUCGGAACGGAGUGAAGCAUUGAACGAUCAAUCGCCGAAAGAGCAGUACGAAAUGGAAAUACUCAAAGCUGCUUACAGUUCCAGCGCAGACGACUCCGAACUGGAAGCCAUCGAAAUGGCAACGAAGGCAACGGGCAUCGGAAACGACACCACGAUGGGCAGCGACAUCAUGGCAGUGUUCAAUCGGACCGAUAUGGAACUGUCGGUUAUGUCUACCACCAUUUCGGAGACGAAUCUGAGCUAUUCCACGAUUGGAUUGUACGAUCAACUGAUCCAGAGCGAGAAGUGCAAAGGAGAUCAGCUGGCUGCUCACGCUCGGCUUAAGGAAAAGGCACUACUCAACCGCACAAAAGGUCAGCUUGCGUGGUUAGAACUGCAGAAACAACGUUAUAGGGAACGCGGUAUGCUGGAACAAAUAAGCGUAAUCAAGAAAAAGCAACGUGCCAUCCUGAUGCGACUAGAAAAGGAACGUGCUGAUUUAAACAAAUUUAAAAAAUUCACCCCGGAUGUCUCCUCCAGAAGCACCGUCCGUUCACCCAUGACUCCUAAGUCGCUGGAAAAAUUGAACUCGUUUUCGUCACACAAUUCCAACCAGAUUUCGCUGAGGAAAUCGAGCAGCGGCAGCGGUAAAAGUGAUCAACGCAAUGCCUCGCUUCUUGGGGCAUCGCCAACGCCUGCGCGAAAUAGCGAUCUGAUGUCUCAGAACAGAAUGGUGACCAGAACUACUACUACGACGAUUUCCAAUGCGCAGCUUCAGCUAAUGAUGACGACCGGAGCUGUUCGCGGAAUGGAACUGCAGCCUAGUGAUAGCUUAGAAAACAUACUGCAACGACGGGAGGAGGAACUUCAAAAACGGCGGCAUCAUGUCCAGACACUGCUCGAGUGGCACCAGAAACUCGAUCGGGAAGAACAGGAAAUCCUGGACAUCGAAAGAAACCUGCUUCAGUACAAUCAGCGCAAAAUUGCCGAAAGUCAAGUGGCCGACGAGCACACCCUCAACCGCAUCCGAAGCAUCGAGAAAAGUUUGAAAACGCUGCAACAAAUACCGGAAACUAAAUCAUCGGACAAUGACGAUGAUGAAGUGCAUGCAAGUGGGAAUAGGCUCAACCGGCUAUGGCAUCGUUUGACAGGAGUAAAGGAAAGCAGAUAUGAACCGGGAGGGAGAUAUACGUUAACGAAGGCAAACUUGGAAAGUUUAUACGAAGAUGCAAAGCAGCGAGUAUUGGAAGGGUUCAGGCAAAACAGCAGCAUGAGGAAAGCACUGCUAGAACAGUCAACAAGUGGGAUGAAUAGCAGCGGAAGCGCCGCUGAAAGGAAUAUGAGUGGGAUCGGUGAUCUAAAAAAUGUUAGUGCAGAGCAUAUUCAUACGUCAAUCGACUCCAGUGAAGGCAGUUCCUUUCAAACAACGGUCAACUCGGCUGAAUUGAUACAUAAAACAUCCCAAAUUGUAAAUAUGGCAAAAGAAGAAGUGGAAACGGAAACAAAGGAUGACAGUGAGAAUGAUGAACGAAGCAGUCUCAUAGAUGUGGAGGAGAUCAUAUCACGUGUAAGCGACAUUACGGAUAACAUAAAUGGUUUCCUAUCUUCCACAACCAACAUAGAUGAACUGUUGCAGCAUGAAGAACAACAAAAGCAUCAAUCCACUUCAGUGGAAUUCCAUACCAUAGAAGAAGAGCAGGACUCUGGCAGUCAUCCUAAGUUAAGUUCAGAUACGUACUCAGUCACCUUCGACAUUCCUACAAUUGAGGAUAACCGAAUAGCUCUUUCGGCGGAAGAUAGUCAACUGCUGAUUGAAGAUACGUCGCUCCCGCCUAUGAUGAAUGACGAUUCCUUGUUAAAUGAAGAAACCAUUUCCGACUCGAUGGCAGACUCAAUUGAAAAGGUAUCUGAAGACAUACCCGAUAACGUUUCCUUAGAGGAAGCAAGUUCCUCUACGGCAACAACGCCAACCACCGCAGAAGAAACAGAAACUGAGUGUAACGAUACUCCGGUUGAAGGGGCGUCUAAGGAUUCAACAACAUCGGAUCUUGAAAAACGUCUCAUCACACUGAAUGAAAAUUUGGGUGAUCUCAAUGCAGGCUUUGAGCGAGUUUCUGUAAUACGAUCCCCAGAAGUUCCAAAAGUGGAUCGACAGCAAUCGCCAGAAAGUGAAAUAAUCACAUCUUCCAUCGUCGAGGAGGAAUACUCCACGGAUAUGGAUUUUGUCGCUGAAGAGCUAAGUAUGGACAAAAAUUCGUUUCUGGAUGAUACGACCGCUUUAAAGAGCAAGGAUUUACCGCUAGCAGGAGAAAUCGUUGAAAGCCAUAAGAUCGAAAUCAAGAUUCGUAAUAAGAACGUGAAUGAAAAUUUUCCUCACUCAUCCACAGUGAAUGUUCCCUCCACUUCCGGUGUUUCCAGUUUCUCUUAUCUGACUCCACCAGCGCACGGUCCCAGUAACUCCACUCAAGCAAGUGUUAUUCCCAACCGAAUGCCAGACAUCAUCAACGAAGCCGAAGUACUCCGCCGGCAACAGCUGCAAAUCGAGCAAGAGAUCAAGCAAUUGGAACAACAGGUCGUUUUCUUCCGUGAAAUCCCCAAUAAACCUCCACCGCCAUACAUCCCUCCAGCAAACGGGAGUCCUCUAGCACUCAUCUUUCCACCGGAGUCGCGAAUUAAUGACCUUAUCGAAACGCGCACAAAGGAACUGUAUUUUGAUGAACCAACUCAAGAAAAGCUUCAGGCCGACAACGUAACCAACAUCUACGAAAAGCUUAUCCUGGAUAUGUGCAAAGAGCUGUACACGGACGUACGUUCCCCAAAAGAGGACGUAUCAUUCCGCACGGUUAAACUCGAGAAGCGUCCUCUGACUUUCUACAACCCACCCGAUCGCCUGAUCUGCGUUCAAAAUUAUAUGAAGCAGAAAAUCAAACGGAUCCUUAACGAGGAUUUUUUGCUUCAGCAACAACAGCAACAGCUAAACCUCCACCAUUGCCCGGUGCCGUUCCUGAUGUUCGCAGGAAGCAGUGCCAAGCGCAAGCGGGAUCAGGUGGACGAGAUUCUGGCCCAGGAAAUGUUUGACGAGGAAGCGCGUUGGACCAAUUUUGACCGCGAAGAAAUUGAAGUGAAGGAACGUAUCGUGGGCGAAGUGACCAAGCUGCUGGUGGCGGAUGCGUUCAAGGAUAUGGAGGAGGCAUGGAAGGAGAAAAACGGGAACAGCGGCGAAAGUGGCAGCAACAGUACUUUGGUAGAAGAGCUGGUAGAGGAGUAGAACUGAUAAUCUUCUAGGUUUCUGAUGUGUAAAACAGAAUAGACAGAAGGAAAAUCAAAUGUGAUGUUUGAAAGUGCAUUUCAAUUUUAUACCUUUUUAAGGUUAGCCAGUAAGGAUUUUUUUAAAUAAUUUUAAGAAUGUUUUUUUUUUCGUUUUUGAUAGUAUUUGACUAAUAUACUAUCGAUAGUUUCUUAAUUUAGUUUUGAAGUACUUACUACUACAACAUUCAGCUACAAAUGAUUUUAAUUUUUGCUCAAUUUUACAACUAUUUUUUGCUUGAGGAAGAGAUCUGAUUAUAGUUAAUUAGUCAUUAAAUGAUAUAUAAGCUACUGAAGUACUGCUUUAAUUUUAACAUAGAAGCAAUAUAAAAUUGAGAAUGUGUAUGUUUUUUUUUUAAUCCAAGUGAAUUUAGGGAUGUAUACCCCAGUUCUACACAGAGAAGGGUCAAAGACCACUUCUAGGCCCAACCGAAGGACUUUCAACAAUUUUUUAUUUUUUUUUGAAUAUAUUGUUUAAACUAACUUAUCCACAAAACGAAAAACAAAGUAAGAACAAUUUAACUUGAGGACAAACAUGGAAAUAAAAUAAAACACGUUAAAAGAG